AUGGCCCAUCGCGACAGGGUUUUCAUCGCCGUCCUUGGCCUUACGGGGUCGGGUAAGAGCACAUUCAUCAACCGAUGCGUUGGCUCAGACGUUGCCAGAGCCGGCAGCGACCUCAGUUCGAUCACUCAGAAGCCGGAGGUUUACACCCUGCGCCAUCGAGGGGUGUCAAUCGAGUUGAUUGAUACUCCAGGAUUCGACGACACAAAUAUCAGCGACGUCGAUCGCCUCCAGGAGCUCGCGCUCUAUCUCACGUCCAUGUACAAGCAGAAGACAAACCUCACAGCCAUCAUUUACCUGCACGACAUUCGCAGUGAGCGGGUGGGCGGUGUCGCGCUGAAAAACAUUCACAUCUUACAGGACCUCACCGGUAUCGACAACUUCAACGCCAUCACCGUGGCGACCAACUUUUGGACCGAUCCACCAGCAGAGCGAUCUCUCGAGCACGAGCGAAUCCUCAAGUCUGAACCCAAGUUUUUCGGUGCCAUGAUCCAGGCCAACGCCGAAUAUUGGCGGCUGCAAAUGACCGAGAGCGAUGGACGGUCCGACUGUCUUGCCUUGAUUGAUCAAGUCACCAGGCACAAGCUGCCCGUCUCUGCCCUGAGCAUUCAAUAUGAGCUCGUGGACCUCGGGUUGCCGUUUAUCGAAACACAAGCCGGCAGGCGAGUGUACCAAGAGCUCCUUGAGUCGAACAAAGAAAGCUUGGAAAAGAUCAAGGAGUUAGAGACCAGGUUGAACGAGACCUUGCACCAACUUGAGGCACGGAGGGGGAGUCUCGUCGGAGACGUAUUCCGAUGGUUAGGCAACGUCGCGGACACCGUCUGUGUCAUUAUGUAG